GUAGAACUACCACUGAACUGAUAUUUGACAGUUCUUAAAUUGAAAAAAUCCCGCGUUAAAUCCUACAGAUUGAUUGAAAAAUCUUGACUUAAUUACGUUAAAUUUUAAAAAGUAGUGCUUACAUAUUAUUUAAAGGUAUAGAACCUCCAUGUCAAACAAAAUGGACAGGAAUAAAACUAAAGGUCCUCCUCCAAAGAGGUUUAAAUCUGGCGACGAUGACGAUGAAAACGAUACUCCAUUUAGUUUCGAAGAACAACUGGCUUGUAUGGACACUGGUGAUAUUGACAGCCAAGAAAUAUUUGAAGGUGAAGGACCUGAAAAUCAAUCUUCGAAUAUGAAAUGGUCUCGUCCUCCACCGCCUAUACUGACUCCAAACCGAGAAACAUUAAUAUUUCAACAACUCGACAUUGAUCAUUAUUAUGGCUCACCAAUGAAUGGCAUGCCUGGCUCCCAAUUGGCUCCCGUACCUAUAAUGAGGAUGUACGGGAUAACUUCAGAGGGAAACUCUGUUUGCUGUCAUGUACAUGGUUUUACACCAUAUUUUUAUGUCACUGUACCAGUAAAUUUUACAGAAUCUUCUUGUAACGAAAUGAAAACAAAUCUUAACAAAGCAAUAUUAGAAGAUUUAAGAGGGAAUAAAGAUAAUAUUAAAGAAUGUGUCCUUGAAGUGCGUUUAGUACAGGCCAAAUCAAUUAUGUAUUACAAAGGUGAUUCCAAUAUUACAUUUGCAAGAGUUUCAGUAGCACUGCCAAAAUUAAUUGCUGCUGCCAAAAGACUGAUCGAAAGGCAACCUCUAUCUUUUGGAUUGAUGGAUCCUCAAUUUUAUGAAACAAACAUCGAUUUUGAUAUACGUUUCAUGGUUGAUACUUCAAUUGUUGGAUGCAGUUGGAUUGAACUACCUGUUGGGAAGUGGUUUUUAAGAACAAUAGAUUCAAAAGUGAAGCCUGAAUCUAGAUGUCAGAUUGAAGUGGAUGUGGCAUGGAAUGCUUUCAUAUUUCAUCCACCAGAAGGAGAGUGGUCAAAAGUGGCACCAUUCAGAAUAUUAAGUUUUGAUAUUGAAUGUGCUGGUAGAAAAGGUAUUUUCCCAGAAGCUAAACAUGACCCUGUAAUUCAAAUUGCAUCCAUGGUCAUAAGACAAGGUGAAACAGAACCAUAUUUAAGAAACGUAUUUACAUUGAAUACAUGUGCUCCUAUUGUAGGUUCACAAGUACUUAGUUUUCAAUCAGAGUCUGAAAUGUUAUCUAAGUGGUCUGAUUUUUUUCGCAAAUUAGAUCCUGAUAUCAUUACUGGAUAUAAUAUUAGCAAUUUCGACUGGCCAUAUCUUAUAAAUCGUGCUAAACAUUUAAAUGUGCAAAAAUUUGAUUUUCUGGGACGAAUAAAAAAUGUAAGAUCUGUUAUAAAAGAUACAGUCUUGCAAUCGAAACAGAUGGGUCGAAGAGAAAAUAAAACCAUUAAUUUUGAAGGACGAGUUCCUUUUGAUUUAUUGUUGGUAUUAGUUCGUGAUUACAAAUUAAGGUCAUAUACUCUGAAUGCUGUCAGUUACCAUUUCCUUCAAGAGCAGAAAGAAGAUGUGCAUCACAGUAUAAUCACAGAUUUACAAAAUGAAAGUGAACAAACCAGAAGGAGAUUGGCAAUGUACUGUCUUAAAGAUGCUUACCUCCCACUAAAACUUUUAAACAAAUUAAUGUGUAUCAUUAAUCACAUGGAAAUGGCUAGAGUUACUGGUGUUCCUUUACUUUGUUUACUAACAAGAGGGCAACAAAUAAAAGUUGUCAGUCAGCUACUACGCAAAGCAAAAGAAGCUGGAUAUUUAAUGCCAGUAUACCAUAGCCAAGGUUCUGAUGAUCAGUAUGAAGGAGCCACAGUUAUUGAACCCAAAAGAGGAUACUAUGCCGACCCUAUUUCAACCUUAGAUUUUGCAUCUUUGUACCCGAGCAUCAUGAUGGCACAUAAUUUAUGUUAUACAACUUUAGUUCCCCCUAAUGCUCAAAACCAAUUUAAUGUUGCUGACAAUGAUGUUACUAUAACACCUUCAAAAAACAUGUUUGUAAAAAAUCACAUCAGAAAGGGCCUACUACCAGAAAUUCUAGAAUCACUACUCGCAGCAAGAAAAAAAGCAAAGGCAGACUUGAAGGAUGAAAAAGACCCAUUUAAAAGGUCAGUUCUGGAUGGUAGACAACUGGCUUUGAAAAUAAGUGCAAACUCUGUUUAUGGAUUUACAGGUGCUCAAGUAGGAAAAUUACCAUGCUUAGAAAUAUCUGGUAGUGUCACUGCUUAUGGCAGAACUAUGAUUGAAUUCACUAAGUCAGAAGUAGAAAAGAAAUACACUAAAGCUAAUGGAUAUAAAGAAGAUGCUGUUGUUAUAUAUGGAGAUACUGAUUCUGUAAUGGUUAAGUUUGGAGUGAAAACUCUUGAAGAGAGUAUGGAAUUAGGAAAAGAAGCAGCUGAAUUUGUUACAGCAAAGUUUGUAAAACCUAUAAAAUUAGAAUUUGAGAAAGUAUACUACCCAUACUUACUCAUUAAUAAGAAACGAUAUGCUGGCCUUUAUUUUACUAGACCAGAUAAAUAUGACAAAAUGGAUUGCAAGGGUAUUGAAACUGUUCGAAGAGACAAUUGUCCUCUUGUUUCUAAUGUAAUGAGCACUUGUUUACAGAAGUUGCUCAUAGACAGAGACCCAGAUGGAGCUAUUAAUUAUGCUAAACAAAUUAUAGCUGAUUUAUUAUGCAAUCGAAUUGAUAUAUCACAACUUGUUAUUACUAAAGAACUCACAAAAAAUGAUUAUGCUGCUAAACAGGCUCAUGUAGAACUUGCUAAGAAAAUGAAAAAGCGUGAUGAGGGAACUGCACCGAAAUUAGGAGACAGGGUUCCGUAUGUGUUAUGCUGUGCAACAAAAAAUACACCUGCUUAUAUGAAAGCCGAAGAUCCUAUUUAUGUAUUAGAAAAUAGCGUUCCUAUUGAUUUUAAUUACUAUUUGGAAAAUCAGUUAUCGAAACCCCUUUUAAGGAUAUUUGAACCAAUUCUAGGUGAGAAAGCAGAAUCUCUACUUCUUAAGGGUGAACAUACCAGAACCAAAGCUAUGGUCACUUCCAAAGUUGGGGCACUUGCUGCUUUCACUAAAAAGAAAGAAAAAUGUCUAGGUUGUAAAACUGUCAUGCCUAGUGAAACAAAAAAAGCGUUAUGUGAUCACUGCAUGAAAAAAGAAGGCCAGUUAUACAUUACAGAAGUAUUCAAAUUACGGCAGCUUCAACAAAAUUUUUCCAGAUUAUGGACAGAAUGUCAAAGAUGCCAAGGUAGUUUACAUGAAGAAGUGCUUUGUACCAAUCGAGAUUGUACUAUUUUUUACAUGAGAAAGAAAAUGGGUAUGGAGCUUGACACUCAAGAAAAUACAAUUUUAAGGUUUGGGCAGCCGAUUUGGUGAAACUUAUGUAAAAGAAAUAAAAUAAAAUAAAAAUUGAAUAUUAA